AUGGCAGAUGCAAGCUUUAAGAAGGAGUUCCUAGAAACCCACAAUGCCUACAGGGCACAACACAGCACAAAGCCAUUGACCUAUAAUGGCGAGCUGAAUGCUGCAGCUCAGAAGUGGGCAGAUCACCUGCUUAGCAUCAGCUCCCUGGGGCACAGUGACACAAAAGAUGGAGAAAAUGUCUAUAAUAUGUGGAGCUCUACACCCCUUAACCUGACAGGGAAAGAAGCUGUGGAUUCAUGGUACAGUGAGAUCAAGGAUUACAACUGGGGCAGCCCUGGAUUCAAUGGCAAUACUGGUCAUUUUACUCAGGUGGUGUGGGCAGAAAGCACUGAACUGGGUGUGGGUCUGGCCACUGAUGGCAAUAAGGUCUUUGUGGUCGGGCAGUACCGUCCAGCUGGUAACAUGAACAUGCCGGGAUACUUUGAGAAAAACGUCCAAACAAAAGAUGGUUUCCCAGGGGAUCUCCUCCCAAACCUGACCAUCAGUGAGCUACUGGACAGAACUGCCUACACACACUGGCCACAUGAGGCCGGGCAUUGUCCUGCACCAGGAGGAACACAGGGCCCACUGCACCAGGAGGAACCCAGGGACCACUGCACCAGUGUAAGGUCUGACAAUCCCUCUGAGGAUUGCAUCCCGGUACCUAACAGCAGUCAGGUUACUGUUGGCAAUGACAUGGAGUGUGAACCUGCUGUCAUCUAUGAGGAGAACGGGGCUCCCAUGGCAAACCUGACAAUUCUGGUGUUCUCUGUCAAAUGCCAAUCGAGCUGCACGGUGCUGGGUUGUGAGCACAGACAGACUUCAGGAAAACACUCUGAACCAGCCUUCAUAACCACAAGAACAGCAAACACAAUGGCAGAUGCAAGCUUUAAGAAGGAGUUCCUAGAAACCCACAAUGCCUACAGGGCACAGCAUGGCGCAAAGCCGUUGACCUAUAAUGACGGGCUGAAUGCUGCAGCUCAGAAGUGGGCAGAUCACCUGCUUAGCAUCAGCUCCAUGGGGCACAGUGACACCAAAGAUGGAGAAAAUGUCUAUAAUAUGUGGAGCUCUGCACCCCUUAACCUGACAGGGAAAGAAGCUGUGGAUUCAUGGUACAGUGAGAUCAAGGAUUACAACUGGGGCAGCCCUGGAUUCAAUGGCAAUACUGGUCAUUUUACUCAGGUGGUGUGGGCAGAAAGCACUGAACUGGGUGUGGGUCUGGCCACUGAUGGCAAUAAGGUCUUUGUGGUCGGGCAGUACCGUCCAGCUGGUAACAUGAACAUGCCGGGAUACUUUGCGAAAAACGUCCAAACAAAAGACGCCAAGCAAUUUCCACCUGGCAGAGAAGUUGAUGGAGCAGACAACACCGCCAGUGAGAAGACUGGAGCAAGCCCAAUGAAAACCUGCACGCUAUUGUAG